AUGACAACCUCAAACCUGCUCGAACGCCUCAACCGCGAUGGCUUCGUUGUUGUUCCCUCGAUUCUCUCCGAGGGACAGCUCGCAAAGCUCCGGGAGGCAACCCAAGCAGCUACGGCGCUGGCCCGGGCCGGCAAAUGGCCCAAUGUGCGCACACUCCCGAAGCAGUUUCCGCCAUGGCCGCUCGCCGGCCCUGAGCCGCCUGCGGAGGGCAUCUGGGGCGUGCAGGGAAUGAUGCACCCGGACAUGCCCAACAACGAUGUCUUCAUCCGAACCUAUUUCUCCGAUGCUGUCAUUGAGCCAACCAAGCAGCUCUUGCAGUGCACUGACGAUGACCUCGUCAUGGAGCUCUUCAACUUGCUCAUCCGGCCGGACCACGAUUUCGAGCUGCGAUGGCAUCGGGACGAUAUCCCGGCGACGGCCACUGCUGACGAGGAGCUUGAUCGUCUCAAUAAGCCAGCCUAUUCAGCGCAGUGGAACCUCGCCUUGUAUGACGACGCUAGCCUUAUCGUUGUGCCUGGAUCACACACCAGAGCCAGGACGGACGUGGAGCGCAACGCGGAUCCAUACGAGAAGGAGAUUCCGAACCAGCUGCUGGUGGAGCUCAAGGCGGGAGACAUUGUGUUCUACAACAACAAUAUUCUACAUCGAGGGGCCUACGUUGCUAGCAAGGAGCGAAUGACACUCCACGGAAGCGCCGGUCAUGUGAACGGUAGCACUCUGCGGGCGCGUAAUGUAUUGCAACACGGACUGAAGGGCUGGGCAGAUAAGAUUGACCUCGGUGUGCUGGACGAGAAGGAGCGGGCUCGGGCUGAAAACAUGCGGAGAAUGCUUGUCAAGCUGGGCCAGGAAGCGGGGGAGGUGGGAUAUUCCCUCGAGGGGUAG